AUGGCCGGAAAACUCAUGCACGCUCUUCAGUACGAGUCUUACGGCGGUGGCGCCGCCGCUUUGAAGCACGUCCAAGUCCCGGUUCCAUCGCCGAAGAGCAACGAGGUUUUAAUAAAACUAGAAGCUACUAGCAUAAACCCUGCUGAUUGGAAAAUUCAGAAAGGAAAGAUCCGGCCUUUUCUGCCUCGCAAGUUCCCCUACAUUCCUGCUACUGAUGUCUCUGGAGAGGUCGUGGAGGUUGGAUCAGGCGUCAAGAAUUUCAAAGCUGGUGACAAAGUUGUCUCGUUUCUCACCCCUCUCGCCGGAGGUGGACUUGCUGAGUUCGCCGUUGCAAGCGAGAAGCUAACCGUCAAAAGGCCGCAAGAAGUGGGACCAGCUGAAGCAGCAGCGUUACCUGUGGCGGCUCUAACCGCACUCCAGGCUCUAACUAACCCCGCGGGGUUGAAGCUUGACGGUACGGGCAAGCAGGCCAACAUCUUGGUCACAGCAGCAUCCGGUGGUGUUGGUCACUAUGCAGUCCAGCUUGCGAAGCUUGGGAACGCUCAUGUGACCGCCACGUGUGGGGCUCGGAACAUGGACUUUGUCAAAUCUUUAGGAGCGGACGAGGUUCUUGACUACAAGACUCCCGAAGGAGCCGCACUCAAGAGUCCGUCCGGUAAGAAGUACGACGCCGUGGUCCAUUGUGCGAACGGGAUACCGUUUUCGACGUUCGAGCCAAACUUGGCCGUGAACGGGAAGGUGAUAGACAUCACGCCAGGGCCUAGCGCGAUGUGGACUUAUGCGGUUAAGAAAAUAACAAUGUCCAAGAAGCAAUUGGUUCCGCUUUUAUUGACCGCCAAAGCUGAGAAUUUGGAGGUUUUGGUGAAUCUUUUGAGAGAUGGGAAAGUGAAGACUGUGAUUGACUCGAAGUAUCCUCUGAGCAAAGCAGAGGAGUCUUGGGCCAAAAGUAUCGAUGGUCAUGCUACUGGUAAGAUUAUUGUCGAGCCGUGA